AUGAAUCUUCAGAUUGUCCUCGGAGGGUUCUUGGGCAUGCUGCUAGUCGCAUGCAUGAUGGCAUCAACAGCGUAUACAAAGCCUUUGGUACCAGAGAACUGCAGCUACAACAACACUGACAUCCUCUGCCACAAGUCGGUACAGAACAGCAGGAGCGCUGUGAAAUUACUGAGGGACCUCAUGAAGGACCGGCUAGCAUCCUAUCUGUCCUAUAAUGGCAUUGGUAAGAAUCAAUGUAUCUACACCGGCCUGGAGGACAGGUUCCUCCUCCAUGCCGUGAAUGAGAGUGAAAGGCUGAUCGAAAUCCAGAAGGUCCUGGUGUUCAUCGAUGCCAGCCUGAGGGAGAUCACCAGAGAGCAGCGGGAGUUCAACCCGAACCUCAGAACAUUCCACAGUGAGCUGGAGGGCACGGCCAGUCAAAUAGCAAGCCUGGCUUCCAACGUGGCUUGCCUCAUGUGUGAGCGCUACAGCACGCCAGUCAAAGUGGAAGUGCCACAGCUCCACCGCCCCCCAGGGGUAUUCCGUCAGAAGCAGUGGAGCUGUUUGGUGCUCAGCAACUCUGCGUUGUUUUUUACACGGGACAUCAUCUAA